AUGCGCCCCGCCCUUCAGAAACUCCUCGCAAGGCCGUCUUCCCUCGAUUUUCUGCGAUGUCUGACGGGCACGGCUGCUGCCCCUCCUGUUUGCAAUCACCGACCUCGACCAUCAUAUUUCAAUCGACAGAAAAUAUGCGCUCGCAAUCAUACGGCUGCCACAACAAAUAUCCGAGCGACCGCAGAAGACGACCAACAUAUGGAAACUACUUCGAAUCAUGAAGCCGUCCCCGGGAAAGACGAGUUGUUGCGCGACCAGAAAUCUAAUCGCUGGAAAUUGAAGAUCUGGAGUGCCGAAGAAUUGGACUUUGAAUCAGAUUUAAAGCAGGAGACCGACGCCCUCAGACUUGUAGAUGAUCCCCGUUUCGAGCAAGACUUGCAGCUCUGGGCUUUCCUUUUGGAUUACCGGCAACAAAAAUAUGGCCUGGAUGGGGUUGCUAUGAUCUGGGAAUCUUUUCGCGCGCGAAAUAUCAAUAUUACCCCCGCUCGAGAUUCCGCGGCUGCUACAAAACUUCGGGAGACUUUCCUCUCUUUGGGGUACGAAACCAAUGUCGUCAUAGGGGAGAUUUGUGAAUAUGCGAUCGAGAUGUACAUCAGGCACCAAUCUCAAUGGCCAAAGCUAUACUCCCGUGUGGUUGCGCAUUUCAUGAUCAAUGGAACCUUUGAACAAGCUGUCCACUGGCACCGGCGCCUGUUGCCAACACACCCACCACAUAAAAAAUCAUUCUACAACAUGUGCCGACGCGUCAUUCACGAAAAAGGAAAUCUUUUGGCACUUCAAGUUGCCUAUAAGGACUCCGGUCACCGUCAAUUAUAUAGAAGGAUAAUGGGCUUGCUGUGUGAAAAGAUCGCCUUUCCGAGUGCAUUCAAGUGGCAUCAGCUACUUAUUGAACAUGGUGAUCUGCCUCUGUCAUUUUCGUCAGCAUUUCCCCUCAUUCGAUGCCUAUGGAUGUCGGAUACAGCUGGAUCUUUGCAAGUCAAGGCUCAAGUAGUCAUCAAAAGCCUCGAGGAUAUCGGUAUAUCAAUUGACCUAGAUCAGUUGGAAAAUCCUAGGGACAAAGAAAUCGGACAGUGUCUUUUUCCCCCACGCCAGAAAUACCAUGCGACCACGCCCGUCGACUUGGGCUCUGAUAUUGGAGACGUUCAGCCACAGCCACACAAAAAGAUUUAUAUCUCACGUGAGAUGAUGAACGAUAUACACGGUGAGCACUACGGAAUCGAACCUGUACGUUACAAUGAUAAGUUGGGGGCAAGAUGGUUUGCUAGUAAUUGGGUCUCACUAGACCUGGCAAUCAAUGCAGUUCAUGCUCUCGGAGUCCAAGCGAUUGGACCGUUAUCUUUGCAUGCAAUUGCACUUCGUGAACCAGAACCUAAAGACCUUUCUAUGCGAAUCAAACAGCUGAAAGACCUUGGAAUAUCUAUCGGCAAUUCCAUCUUUUCCCGGGCUGUGAAAUAUUUUGCAGAAGAAAGGAAAGAUAGUGAACUCAAAAGUCUAUUGAGUAGCGAUCAACAUCCCAGCGAAUACGAAAAUUAUGAACUUCAAGAAAGGCUGCUAUUGCAAUAUAACAGCGCUAAAGACUGGGCUCAAUUUAGGCGGACCCUGGCAAUGCUCUCAUUUCACAACAUGGCCCCAAACCGAGAGGCGGCCAAUCUUAUUCUGCGAACCCACGUUCAAAGGCAAGACUUAUUCGCCAUACACGACACAUUGACAAUAAUGGCGCAAUAUGGGCGAGGGGUAUCGGGGAGAACGGCAGCACGUUUGAUGAAGUACCUUCUGGCACCGCGAAAAAAAGGUCAUCGACCCACCCUCGAUCACAACAAUUUCAAUAUACGAAUGACUAUAAGUAUCUGCAGGGCAUUGACCUAUGCUGGUCAAAUCCCACCAAGAUCAUGGAUCGAGAUUUUACGUCGCCUUGGGAUGCUUGGCCAGUUGCAGGACUUGGAAAAUUUGUGCAGGUUCCUCGUGGAAGCUUAUGACCCGACCAAUCUUACUUUGGUCGGUAGACAACACAUACCACCAGGUACAGAGCCCCGUUCGCCCUUGCACCCGUACCGGCUGAUAUUCUCCGAGAAAUUUCAGACCUCUUUGGUAGAGUGGGGUUUUAUUCACGCACUGAAAGACACAUCAAUACAUCCUACAUACGAAGGUGCUCCAGGUCCGUCGCCAAAUUUCAUCGCUUAUGACGAAGACGGUAUCCCGAUGCGAGACGUUUCGUUCGGUAUUCGUCUCCUCAAAACACUCGCCUCGAAGGGAGUGUGGGUAGACUUCGUACCCAUCAGAAAAGCCAUCGUUAAUCGAAUGAUUGUCUGUUAUGGACCGCUCAAAUCGAUUAAAAGCUACAAUCAGAAUGCCAAAAUCACACUUGGUCUCCAUGAUGGAGUUUCCCCACAACAGAGCUUUCGGAAGAUGGCCAAGAUGGUUGAUAGCGUUCUGGGGACUGAUGCAUUUUCCAAAAUGAACAUUGAAACGUUGAUUGCUGCGAAGAUCGAAAGUCUUAAGCAGAGGAAGGUUGCGCCGCGAAAGCCGGGGACGGGGAGGGGGAAAUUCUGA